UGGGGCUGGGGCCGCGACGUCUCCCCUGUGGCGCGCCCCGAGUUGCUGCGGGGAUGUGGGCACCUGACAGCGCUUUGGGACCUGCUCGUGGCUCUUGCGGGGGCGCCUCAGCCCGCCGGGCUCUGCCUGCCUGUUCAUAGCACGUGUUUCCAGUAGGCACCAAGACGGGGAAGCUGGAGGGGUCCGCCUCUGGGCUGGAGAUGCCCGCUAGGACUUGGGCUUCUUUGAACGGUUAUAAUUUUUUUCAGCGCACAGAGUGACACCCAUCGGGGCCCCGGAGAUCCCUCCUUUGUCAGUUAUAUGAAUAAUAGGGGUAGCGCCUUUCAAUGCUCAGAACCUGUUUUUGGACACUAAACUAUGACAUCAUGGCAAGAUUUCGCAGAAGAACAUGUGUCAUUCUGUUACUUUUUAUUUUAUUUAUUUGCUCCAUAAUGAUGGCCUUGAAGACUCUCAGACCCGACAGAGCUGGUUUUGGGGAUCCAUUCGGACUUGGCCUGUUACCAGAACUUCAACAACGGACAACGCUCUUAGAAAAUAAGCAAAAUCCACAAAAUGAAGCAAAGGGAGAUAGCAUAAUGCACACCAAUGUUUUGCACAGUAUUGCAGUUAAUAAUAUGAAAGCAUCUAUGGCUUCUGAAAGAAAGCUUGAAGAGGAAUUGCCUUCUCCUAAUUAUAACUUUCAUGUAUUCUACUACAGCUGGUAUGGGAAUCCACAGUUUGAUGGUAAAUAUAUUCAUUGGAACCAUCCUCUGUUGCCACACUGGGAUCCCAAAAUUGCAAACAAUUAUCCAAAGGGAAGACACAGUCCUCCUGAUGAUAUUGGAUCCAGUUUUUACCCUGAACUUGGAACUUACAGCUCCAAAGACCCUUUUGUCAUAGAAGAUCACAUGAAACAAAUGCGUUCCGCCUCCAUUGGUGUAAUAGCUCUUUCUUGGUACCCACCUGGUAUGGAUGAUGAAAAUGGGGAACCUACUGAUGAUUUGGUACCUAUUAUUUUGGAUGGUGCACAUAAAUACAAUCUAAAGGUCACUUUUCAUAUUGAGCCCUACAAAGAUAGAGAUGAUCGCAGUAUGUACAACAAUGUCAAGUACAUAAUAGACAAAUAUGGAGGACAUCCAGCCUUUUACAGGCAUAAGACCAGCACAGGCAGAACGCUUCCCAUGUUUUAUGUUUAUGAUUCUUACGUAACAAUACCUGAAAUGUGGGCAAAUCUGUUAACUGUUUCUGGAUCACAAAGCAUUCGCAAUACUCCAUAUGAUGGAUUGUUCAUUGCACUUCUAGUAGAAGAAAAACAUAAACAUGAAAUCCACAGAAGUGGUUUUGAUGGAAUUUAUACAUACUUUGCCACCAAUGGCUUUUCUUAUGGCUCGUCUCACCAUAAUUGGGCAAGCCUAAAAUCCUUUUGUGACAGUAACAACUUAAUGUUCAUUCCAAGUGUGGGACCAGGUUAUGCAGAUACCAGUAUCCGACCAUGGAACAACCACAACACCCGUAAUCGUGUCAAUGGGAAAUAUUAUGAAACUGCUUAUAAUGCAGCCCUUUUGGUGCGGCCAGAAAUUAUUUCCAUCACCUCUUUUAAUGAAUGGCAUGAAGGAACUCAAAUUGAAAAAGCUAUUCCCAAAAAGACUGGACAGGUAGUUUACCUGGAUUAUAAACCCCAUAAACCAAAUAUUUAUCUUGAACUCACUCUCAAGUGGUCUGAGAAAUAUAGAAAGGAAAAAGAACAGUGGCUCAUGUGAACUGCUAUGGUCCUUGUUUUUUAGUACAAUGCAUCUAUCGUAGAGGUGGAAAUUACACUGGGAGUUCUAAUUCAAUCAAUAAAUGUGUGUGUGUCAUCAUGGAUAUACUCAAAGAAAUUGUUUUAGCCUUUGAAUGUAAUAUAUGCACUAUUAUUGUACAUUUAUUAGACUUUGUGGGAUUAAAAAUAGCAGUAAGGAGCAAUAUCGGCUUUUUAGCCUUUAGGAUAUUGCAAAUGGAUAUUUUGGGAAAAGCUAGAUAUUUUCUAAUUCAUAGUAUGCACAUAAUGCUAGCAGAAGUCUGCCUAAAAUAACACAUAGGUGACUCAAGUAGAAUAAGAAAAUCUCAUUCAUUACCUUUUGCUGCUGUAUAGUUGUGUUUUAGAUGACAGUGCUUUGAUUACAGUUUUGUCAUUAAUUUCAUGCAGGAUAAAUGCCUGCUGUGUAAAAUGUAAUAUACCCUAUCUGCCUUUUGUUCCCGAUGCAUAUUCCCUUUAACAUUUAGCUUUUCUGUGAUUAUAAUACCCAAAACUGGUUUUGAAAUUUAUGGUUUUUAAAGAUUCUGGGUUCAGACAUUCAGUGAAAGCUUAUCAGUUUACCUCCAGAUCAGUGUUGUUUUGAUUCUGAUCCACAGUCAUGUUGAUAGUAAAUGUCAACAAAAGUAAUUGAAAUUUUCCAACCAGAUGAGGAUUAACAAAAGAACACUAAUUAAAGAUGCAAAGGAAAGAGGUAUCAGAAUAAUGAAUCGCUGGGGGAGUGGGGGAGAAUCAAUCUUACCCAAGAUUUUAUUUCAUUUUCACCAAUGAUAAAUUUUUUGUUUUCUUACUGAUUGCAGACUAAGAACUAAUGUUUGGGUAAAGAUUUAAAUAUUAUAAGUCACAUAUUCAACAGAUCAUCUUUCAGAGAUAGUCUUUCUUUCCUUCAUGAUUUUAGGAGAACAUAGCACACUAGCCAUUAGAACAAAUUUGUCUGUUGCCCUUUGAAAUCUGACAUUUCAACUUUUCAGACAGUUCAUUGCUUUUUUGCUGUACUUAAGACAGCGCUUAACAAAUCAUGUCUUAAUUCGAGUUCUAGACAAAAAUAAAGCAAAAUUAUUAUUCUUAUUUUAUUUCACAACCUCCUUAACUAUAAAUAAGUGCUUAUGGCCGGGUCUGUGUAUAAAUUUACUAUGCCAGCCACAGCACCCUCAAACACAUGGCAUUACUGGAGACAAGCUGCCUCCUAAACUAGAAAGAGAGUAGCUGCAUUUGUGUAUCCAACAAGCUAAUUGCCAUUACUGAGUGACAGGAGUAGUUAUCCUACCCUUAUGCUAAUUAACCCACCCACAGUGACAAACAGAAGCAGAUUCACAGUUUUUGAUUUGUGGAUCAGCCAACCCAUCAUGCAUACUUGAGGAUGUUGGUGUCAAACUUGGUACACGUACCUGAUAGACAUGGCCUCAUACUGAGAAUCUCAGCCUUCAAAUUUCAUGAGUCAUUCACUUGUAGUUCUUGUUAUUUCUGAAAUGCCAGACCUUGAGAGAGUCAGUCUGGGCUCAUCUCUGUCUAAUAAUCUAGGCCUGAAUAAAAAAGUCUGCACCCUUGGACCAAUAGAAUUUGAAUAUUUGGUCUUAUGAGAACUUGUGGGUUCUCUAACAACUACUUAACCUGUGGCAUAAUAUAUUUGGAUUUUUGUUUGUUUGUUUGUUUUGCUCAUAUUAGGUCCUAUUCCUGAACUGUGGUUAAUAUGGGGAAACUGUUAUGCCUGUAAAGUCUCACUGACUUUACUGCAUCUAUGAAAACCCCUAUUAAUCUAUCCAUGAAAUCAGAAGGCAGGAUUGUGAAACCUUAUGGUUAGAAAAGGCUACAUUUUUUUUUCUAAAAUGUAUUUUUAAAUUUACUCUCAAGUGAACAUUUCUGCUAAUCGUUGUUAGUGACCACCUGAUCUGAAAAAGGAAGGGUGGUUUUAAAACUUUUUCAACAGCUCUCAAUAGGCUAAAAACAGCUUUUAUCACCUUAACCAUUCAAAGAUUCUGUUUUUGUUUAAAUGAAGCUUUUGAGUGCUGAAAUGCUCUAAUUGUUUCAUAGAUCCAGGAUCACAACCUAGAUUUUAUUUGUUAAAAUGGCUUUGUUGUUAAACACCAAACAUUAGAGGGAUGGAAAUGCCAGUUUAUUUUAAACAGAAGUAAAUUCUUCGCUAUCACAAAGAACAUACAAGUUCAGAUUCACAGCUAUAGCCAAGGACCAUCAGGAGCAAUUUAGAGAAGAAGUUGCAAAGGAACCAUUUUUACCACUCACAACUGCAGUUAGUUUUGCUCUAGUUGCAGUCCAUUGAUGUAGCUUAGGAGUUGCCUCACAAUUUUUCUAAGCUACACUAGCUGGCCCACAGCAUUGUUCUGUGGUCACUGGCCCACAGCAUUGUUCUGUAACCCAGAGGAUUAUGGGAGCAGUGAUAUGCACUGACCAUGUAAUACUUUACAUGAGUUAGACCCCUAUAUUAGAGGCUUAAAAACCAUACGUCUUAAGUGGCACCAUAGGCAACAUUUUGGUCUUACUAUUCCAAUGCAUAGUCUUACUAUUCAGUGGACUGGUGCAAAGUUUGUCCUGUGCAUUAGACCCAUAGCACCAGGUGAAGAGUAUUGCAUAAAAUUGGAGCAGAUUCUCCAUUGUCCUGCAUGUUGUAUAGACUCCUACAGUUAGAUCCACAAAAGACUCAAGGGUGCUGACAGACAUACAACUCCCCAUUCUAACUCACAGGACUUCAUGGAAAGAGCUGAGUUAGAGCAAUCCUCCCCGACCCAUCAGACAUUUGCUGUUGGGUGGGGGAGAGAAUUGAGCUCCACUUUGGAACCAAUCCAGGAGGAGCUGCCUGCCUGCAGGCUCUCUCCCCUAGUGUGUCCCAUCCUGUUUCCCCAAUCCCCUCCCUCCUCCCCCCCAGUUUCAGUGCUGUCUACAGGAUGGGAGUGGGGAGGAGGGAGCUCUGGGCUGGGGUUUACCCAUCCUGAGCUAGAGGAGGGGGGAGGGACAGGUGGAUUGGAGCCCCCCACCUUGGUGAGGGGAAGAGGGGGGUGCUCCAAUACACUUACCCCCCUACAGUUCAAGCUGGGCAAACCCCAGCUGGAAGCUUACAUGAAGGUUAAUUUAUCAUGCAAUUGGGCACUUUUAAAGUGCUUUGUAGCGGUGUACUUCUGUGAAGGGGCCUAUCACAUGACAAAUGUCACUUCUGUCAGUACCCUAAAUGCCUAUACUUUACCCAAGUCCAAAAUCUUCAAAACAUCUGCUCAGCUAUCAUAAUAUCCCAGUGGCACCUACAGUCUGUUAAUACCAAAGUGUUUGAUUAUUUUUCCUUAAUUAACCUAAAGUUCUGCAUAGGCCUAGAAGUGCCUCAGUUUCGGCCAUGCAGAGCAGCUCACAAGUUGUUUGCUUGUGUUACCUAAAGGGGUUGAUAUGGUACAUGUGCUCAGAAUAUACUGAACAAUUCGGGCUAUGCCCGAAACAUAAGUGUAACAGGGUUUACACCCCAUUCUAGUGCUACUAGAGCAGAAUAAUUAGCACAUACCAUUUCCUGCUGUAAAUGCUUAUACAGAGUGCAGGACUCAAAGAAUCUGGCCUAGGGAAUGCUUACCAAAACUUCUUGGAUCCUGUUCUUCCUUCAGUGUACAUCUGUCACAGUGUACAAUGUGUAUUUGCAUAUGCAGUGAAUGCAGUAGCACUUGUCUUUGUUUUAUUGAGAAACUAAAUGUAAAAUGUAGCUUUAGUACCAUCAAUGUGCUUGAGAAUGCAUAUUUUGUUUGAUAGUUUACAGUGCAUUUUCAGUAUUGUUUCUUUAAAAUGAUAUUUUCUGAGUCAUUUCUGCUUUCAUACUACAUUCCUAAGGAGUUUCAAAUGAUUUUUGCUGAAUAACAGUAUCCAUAAAGGGUAAUUUUAAUUUACAGGUGGAUAAACUGAGAUACAUAUGGUUAAAUGACUGUGGGAUAUGUUCUAGAACAUUAAGAGCGCUUAUUGGGCCGUACCACUCUAUAUUAACCACUUCAUUAAGGAAACAUAGUUAUGCACUUUUUAGUAUCAAUCUCUUUACUAAGUAUACCUUUCUAAUUAUGUUUUUUUUUAUACUCUUAAUUUUUUUGUUAUGUAUUUACAAACCUGAGGAAACUAAAUUGUUUUCUCAUUUACAGCUCUCAAUGACUGAAGAGAUGCUUUAGCUUCAUCUGAUGUAAGCUAGGGAAGUUUUGAACCACUAGUAUUUCCUCUGCAGUUGGAGGUUUUGAAUGUAGGAAGUCCCUUUACCUUCCCCACUUAGGUAUUCUUUUUAAUCCUUUCCCCACCUCUACUUUCCUUUAUUGCUUCUUCGAGCUUUCUCAGAGCUAGAUUCUUAGCUGUCUGCUUUCCUUGCAGAGUCUUUCCUUAUCCUAUUUGAUUAUGUGGAGUUGAUUAUGGCAGCCUUUGAAAUUAUUGUUACCCUAUAGCACAAUGAAGAUAUUGUUCUGAGUGGAAAAAAAAUGAUAAUAUUGACUCUGCAGUGGAGCCACAUUAUUUUAAAGACUCAUAUAAAAGCACUAAUGGCCACAUUUUAAGAUAUUUAAGUAUCUAAUGAUAUAGAUAGAUGCUUAAUGAGAUUUUCAGAGUACCUUAGGUGCUAAUGAGUCAAUAGAAGAUGGGUACCUAGGAAAUUCUGAAAAUCCCAUUGGGCACUUACCUAAUCUGUCCGUGAAUGUACAGCGUGGGCAGAAAGCAAACAGAGAGUAUUACUGCAUGAAAGCAGUUAUCAGAAAAGCCUCAAAUGGUCUUGGAAAGAUACUCAAGUAUCUCUUAAGUUCUUAAAGUAUUAAGAAAUACUAUCAUUUGGGCAAUGUUCAACCAGAAGUUAGAACCUGGACUAAAUCUGUGACUGCUGGAAGGUAUGAUAAGGGUUAGAUCACCCUACACUUGCUCGGUUUUUUAUAGUAUUGCUCUAAAGCAGAGGUGGGCAAAGUCCAGCCCACAGGAGACUCCAUUUCCUAGCAGCCCCUGCUCAUGUCAUUGAGGCCGCUUUCCAUGGAGACACCAGCAAUAGCGGGGCUGUGACAGUGCGGUGUCAGAGUUCCCAGCAGCACUGGCAGGGUGUGCGGCUGGGCAGGGAGCUGCUCCGGGGCUGGGAUUUUGCAUGGUUCAGGGCGGUGACAGCAUGGUUCAGAGCUGGGGCAGAACUGCUAUCUGCUGCCCACAUGCCGGCUCUGGAUCACACUCACUGCCGCUAGAUCCCAGCCCCAGAGCAACUCCCUGCCCAGCUGUGCAGCCUUGCUAGUGCUGCUGGGGUGAGUCUCCAUGGAAAUCCUGGCCCCGUGCUGUCGCAGCCCUGCCACUGCUCGGGUCUCCAUGGAAACCAGCCAGGGGCUGCUGGGAAAUGGAGACCAGCCACUAGUUUGCCUACCCCUACUUUAAAGCAUCUGCCAUUUUUAUAUGGUCAGGAACAAGAUACUGGGCUAGAUGGACCUUUGAUCUGAUCCAGCAUAGCAGUUCUUUUAUAUUCUUGAAUCUUAAAUGUGAUCUAAGGGAGUACCUUAGUUUUUUGUUUGCUUGUUUUGUUGUGGGGUUUGUUUAGUUUUUUGUGAUUUUUUCUCUGUUAAUAAAUUUGAAUUUUGGACCUUCUUUCCCAAUAUAUUGCAAUGAUCAUCAUUAAAAUAUUUAUAAUUCUUACUUGCAGGUAAUGGACCUUACCAUGCUGUAUAGGUUAAUAUUAAUUAGAAAGAAAUAAAACGUGAAGAUUUUUAAUGUAAACUUUGCAUAUUAUAUCUCUGCUCACAUAAAAAUGCUUUAAAUCACUUAUGACAUAUAGCUGAGGGCUUAUUCCUGGAAAAAAACAAGAUGUGGGAAAGUACUCACUGAAACCAUACAGCAAUGUUUCUGCAGCCAGAGAGUUCACUUUUAAAUUAAAUGCUAUGUAGGCUUUGUUAUCUCACAUGUAUAUUUUUGUCCUGUUUAAGUAGCUUCAUCUACUUUUAUAGGUUAGGUUGGAAUUGAAGCUUAAUCCCUCUUCUGUAAUCUGAAAAAGUUUGCCUUAAUAUGUCAUGUAAUUGUGGGCGUUUCUUAGACAUAUUAAAAAAGCUAUGCUACUUCUGCCAUGGAAGAGCAGGUGUGUCAUAAAAGUGUAACGGUAUGUGCUUGCUCUAGUCCUCUUCUAAAUGCAGUUUCUUACUGGGAUUCAUCUACUUUAUUGUUAUAGUUCAUUGGUCUUACAAUAUUUUAUCUCACAAGUGGAUUUGGACCAGAAGGGGUCUGAGUGCAUCUUUCAUCGUGAGAUUCUGUAUGCAUGGGGUACUGAUAAAAACAUUUUUGUAGCAUUUUGCAUGGGUUUCUCAUGUUUAUUUAUAAAAUGUUUUACAGGUAAACUGUAUUUAGAGAUGUAUUGCAAGAAAUAAAGAGAAAUUUUAACUUACUUUUCUUUUCAAAUGCACAAAGAAAAUAUAAUGGUGUUUUGUUUUGCAAAAUUUAUGGGUUCACUUAAUAAAAGAGAAAUAGACUUUUUGAUACAAAGACCUGAGGACUAAACAUACCACUUAAACUAAGGUAAACUCUUGGGCGACCUAUUACAGUAUCUAAAAGUGUUAGCUCCAGCUCUGUGUCUUUUAAGGAAGUUCUGGAUCUAUAUUAAUCUAAUCUGUUUUAACCUUAAUCCAUAUUAAACAGUGCUGUAAACAGUUUGAACGUUUUAUCCCAUUUUGUGAAACUUCUUAAAAUAUUGUCAUAAUCUAUUUCUUCUGUUGAUAGUAAAUCUUUGUAUUUGUUUUUAAACUGGGUUUAUUUCUUAGCUUUCUUAGAUAAUUGCAAUACAACCUAUUUGUUGUGCAUUAUUUUGUGAGAAAAUGUGAUUAUCUCCAUGUUUUGUAAGCAAAGCAGAUGCUUAUGGCUCAUAUUUUACAAAAUUCAUAGUUAUUGUGUUGUUAAGAAUGAACAGUAUUUUGUGUACAGUAGUCAGGCCUAUAUAAGGUGUACUUAUAUAUGCUUUUAAUUUCUGACCUAGCUGUUGUAGAGAUUUUACUUGUAUAGCUUAAUUCUUUCACCCCUUGUCAAAGUACCACUUAAUGUAAGAAAUGUGAAAUGCCACAUGGUCUUUGGCAAAUACUUAUUUCAUCACAUGAUAUUUCCAGUUACAAAAGAAAGUCAUUACAUAAAUAUUGAAUGCUUUCAUGAACAAUAAUUGUGCCAAAAUGUUAUGAUUCUUCCAGUAGUGUGUGAUAUAAUAGCAGUCUCUGGACAGUAGCCAUUUUAGAAAGUAAAUUCUCUGUCCAAUAUUGCCUUAGAAUUGAAUUGUCUUUUGACAUAUUGGUUUAUCCUAGGAGCUGUUUGCUGCUCUGAUUUGUAUAUAAAGAAGCUUACUUCACCAUUUUUUUUUUUGUUCAACCUCCAUAUGCCAGUCAUUUUUUUAAAUUGAGCCAGUACAAUGUGAUAUGAAAGGACAAAAAUAUAUACUGGUAUAUAAUUUUUAGGAAUAUAAUUUACUGAAAACAGUAGGCCCAAUUUAUGGUUUUUUUUAAGUUUUGAACCGAGACAAACUUCUACUGAAUUUUUUUUUAGACCAGUCAGUAAUGUUCUCCCUAGAGAACAGCUUACAAAAAUAUUGGAGAUCUUUGCAAAAACAGCACACUACUAUCAUGUUUUAUCCAAAGACAAGUUUUUUACUUUAUAUUUCAAAGUAAGGGGAGAACACUAGUAUGCACAAAAAUAGCAAUAACCAUGCAGUCCUAAGGCAUAACAUUUUAUGGUAGAUUAACCAGUGAGAAAAUACUAGGAUUGGGCUCCAAACCGUUGGUUGAUUGUCAAAGUGCAUUGUCUUAGUAUGGUUAAAAAGCAGCUAGAUGCAUAUAGUCACUUCUAUAAGUUCUUGAGUGGGGAAAAAUACCUGUAAUAAACCCUUUGUUGGUAAAAUAUGUCCCUAAUAUCUGAGGAGAAUACUUUUUCAAUUAGUGUAAACUAGAGGUGUUUUAAUAAGAUAAUGGUUUAAAACUUUAACUUACAUAUUCAUUACAACAUGUUUCUACAGGUGAUCUAAGGUAUUUUGAAGCCUAAACAAUUUUGUCCUUGUUGCACUUAAAAUUUGAUGAUCACUAAAAUUUUAGUGAAUUUCCACUGAUGUUUAAUAUAUAUGUUAUUUUGUAUACACAGCAUGCAUUUUGAUUUGAUGUAGUCAAAAGAAAUGUGAUGCAUGUCUCAGGAAAUGCACAAUUCAACCAAUAUGAAAUGUACUUGAAAUCGUGACAUUCUAUUAAAGUGGCAAAUUGCAAGAUAUGUAAUGUGAGACCUGAAAAAAUAUUUCUGGCUGUUUUAGUUAAUAAAAUGUCUCUACAAUAUAAUGUUUCAUGUAAUUCUAUGACAAUAUAGUACUAAGAAAAAUGGAAGAAAGUGAAAGAAUAAUUUUUGUCAUUUGGUUUGUCUAUAUUUGAUGACCACCACUUACUCAGAAUGAAAUGCAUGCUCAAUAAAUCUUAACUGUGAAUCAUAA